AUGAUAGAGCCGGGGGACUCGAAGAGCCGGCAUGUUGCGGUCCUCGCCUUCCCUUUUGGGGGCCACGCGAGGCCUCUUCUCGGGCUCGUCUGCACUCUCGCACGGAGAAUGCCCGACACAUGCUUUUCUUUCUUCAGCACGAGGAGAUUGAACGAGCAUAUUUUCUCAGAAGGAGAGCAUGACGUCCCGAACAACAUAAAGCCAUAUAAUGUAGCUGAUGGUGUACCGGAGAACCAUGUAUUCAGCGGGAACCCACACGAGCCGGCUAACCUCUUCCUUAAGGCUGCACCGGGAAACUUCAAGGAGGCAGUUGAACUUGCCGUUCUAGAAACGGGUGCAAGGCUUACGGGUAUACUGGCGGACGCAUUCUUGCCAUUCGCCGGGGAAAUGGCGGAGGAAUGGCAGAUCCCGUCGGUUUUCUUAUGGGUUGCCACGCCGUAUAACCUAUACGUUUACCUGUUUCUCGAUGAUAUUUGUCGGGUCUGCUCCGACUAUGACAGCGGGCACUAUCGUGAUGGAGGACAAGCUCCUGAAAUCAUACCAGGAGUGCCUGCUAUGCGCGUAGGGGACCUGCCUGAAGGAGUACUUGACCCAGGCGAUCUGGAAGGAUGCCUUCUCCUGAGCAUUCUAGACAACAUCUGUCGAACUCUACCUCAGGCGACCGCUACAGUCGUAAGUUUCUGCCAGGAACUCGAUCCCACACCCCUCACAGUCUAUCUCAGUUCCCAGUUCCCAAGCUUGCUCUACUUGGGUUUCCUAACUUUAUCACUCCCUCCGCGAAGUAUAGGCUUUAAAAAAGCAGCCAAUUGCUUAUCGUGGCUCGAUAAGCAGGGGCCUGGGUCCGUCGCAUACAUAAGCUUUGGAACCCUGGCUGUUCUGGAACAAGACGAGCUGCUUGCCUUAGCAGGUGCGCUAGAAGAGGGCAGGAUCACUUACCUUUGGUCUCUUGGGGACAGAUUGACGGAGAACUUACCAGAUGGCUUCCUCGAGAGAACGAGGGCUCAUGGAAUGGUGGUUCCAUGGGCACCGCAGAUAGACGUCCUCGGACAUCCUUCGGUAGGUGCUUUCGUCACCCACUGCGGAAGCAACUCGGUGUAUGAGAGCAUAGCAAGCGGGGUCCCAAUGAUCUGCAGGCCUAUCUUUGGGGAUCACAGGAUGGUUGCAAGGAUGGUGAGCGAAGUGUGGGAGGUCGGAGUGAGCAUCGAUAAUGGAGUUACGACUAAGGAUAGCCUGAUAAGAAGCUUUGAAGUUAUCUUUCGGGAUGAGAGAGGGAAGAGGAUGAGGGAGAAGGCUCAAGCUCUCAAAGAGAUUGUGAUAGCAGCGGCAGGACCCAAGGGCAAAGCUGCCGAAGGCUUCGAGACUUUGGUCGAGAUAAUAUCGUGA